AUGGGCCACGUGUUGUGCUUAUUGCCUUUUUUCCUUUACUGCGUAUGUGUAUGCGUAAUGGCUAAUCUAGACAAAGGUUCUACUGGUAUUCCUGGUGCUUCUGGAUUUGGUGGAGUGCCUGGUAGUCUUCAUCCUAAUCCUUCACAUCCCCAACCUGGUGUUGUGGGUGCGUGGCCUGGUGUUGGUAUGGCUCAUAAUAAUGUAGGACUCCAACCCGCUAUUCCUGGUUAUAAUGGUAAACCUGGAAUUCCUCCUGUUGUUAAAAUGCCUCCUGUUCAGUCUCCUCCUGUUGUUGGUGUUCCUCUUGGUCCACAGCAUGCGUCUCACUCUGCC